AGACAAAAAUUAGUGGUUGUUGGCUCAGCACAACUUAUUAAGAGGCUUCCUCCUAUUUCAUUAUCUUUGUUAGGCGAAACUAUCUCACCAGUUCCGUUUGCCAAGGAUCUAGGGGUAUAUAUUGACCAAUAUCUUACCUGUGAUGUACACAUCGCUAAGACAGCCUCUAAUUGCAUGAACCAGUUAGUACACAUUAGAAGAAUUAAACAUCUCUUAGACAAGAAAACACUUUUAUUGCUUAUAAAUAACUUUGUUUUCAGUAAAUUGUUUUAUUGUUCCUCAGUGGGGGGGAACACAUCUAAACGUAAUCUACACAAACUACCGUUAGUGCAAAAUUUUGCAGCCAGAGUUGUAUUAGAGUUAAGGAAGUUUGACCACAUCUCUCAGGGUCAGAGAUCACUUGGAUGGUUAGAUGUUACAGAGAAAAUUUUAUUUAAUGACUGGAUUUUAGCAUUUAAAUGUGUUAAUGGUCUGGCUCCAGAUUAUUUAAUUAAAUAUUUUAUUAAACGUUCAGCAGUCCACGAUAGGAAUACAAAG